CUUGAACUUCUGGGUUGACUUCUCUUCUGAGUUACAGCACAAAGACCUACGGAUAUGAAGCGUAGUAAUAUGCGCAGAAGCCCUGAGUAGGCAGUUGUGAGCGGGUCAUCUUGCAUAGACUCCCACAACAUGCUUCAGAAUGUGCAGCCUGGCUCCUUCGUCAAGGCGCUGCCAAACCGACCCGGGCCUGCUGGCAAGUCCAUCCCUGUUUGCUCCUGCUCUGGAAAUCAGACAAGCCUGGGUAUGUUGGCUGCAGUGACCUUGACAGUUGCCAAGCAUCGGAAGCCAUCUGCCAGAAUAUUCAGAAAGGCAACCGGAGUGCAACUGUCACCUAAGCUGCAAGCCUUUUUGGAAACUGCAAAUACUGGUGGUGUGGUGGCACCGGGCAAGGGCGGGAAUGCGUCCAUUGAGGGUAUUGCACGCGCAGAAGCUGUUUGGCAGAAACUGAAAGCAAAAGCAUUGCAGCAGGCACGUGCGCAAGAGCUGGAUCCUCCACCAACUAUAGUGAGACGUUAUGCUUCUGCUGCACCAGUUGAUGCAACCCAGUCCUAUGAUGUUGUGGUUUGUGGCGGAACGUUAGGAAUCCUUGUGGCACGAGCGCUGCAGAAUGAAGGAUACUCCGUUUGUAUUGUAGAGCGUGGGGUUGUCAAAGGCCGUGACCAGGAGUGGAAUGUAAGCUGUGAGGAGCUGGAACCACUCGUGAAGAAUGAUAUAAUCAAUCAGCAGGACCUGGACGCUGCAAUAUUGUCCAGAUGGCCCAAGUCGCGUGUUGGCUUUGAAGGUACAUAUGCCGUCGAGUUUCGUGCUGGUGCACUUAACGCAGGGGUAUCACCACACAUUCUUGUGGAAGCAGCGCGGCGGCGCUUUGAAGAGGCUGGCGGACAGAUUCUGGAGGGUGCAAUGCUGGAAGGUGUGGAUCUAUUCGACGAUGCCGCUCUGCUUCGAUUGACAGGGCGCGUCAUUCGAGCACGCCUUGUUCUUGAUGCCAUGGGGGCAGGUUCACCCAUCGUGGCGCAAGCUCGUGGCGGAGCUGCGCCUGAUGCUGCUUGCUUGGUGGUUGGAACGAUGGCUAGUGGCUUUCCCAAAGACGGCAACCAUGAUGGCGAUUACCUGUACUCAGGUGUGCCAACUGCGUCUGGACACCAAGCCUUCUGGGAAGCGUUUCCAUCUGCAAAUGGUGGGGCUGAUGGCACUGACAGGACAACCUACUUCUUCACAUACGUUUUGCCGGGCCAGGAAAAUCUCCCAUCUAUUCCAGAUGUAUUCGAGGACUAUGUCGAAUCCCUUCCCAAUUAUCAGAAGGUCUCCUUGGAGCAACUGAAAGUUCGAAGAGCACUUUGUGCCAGUUUUGUGGCUUACAAGAAUUCCCCUUUGCCAACUCCUUUCGACAGAACACUUCAAGUUGGAGAUGCCGCAGGCAUUCAGUCGCCUCUCUCAUUUGGUGGCUUUGGAGCCUUAUGCAGACACUUGCCGCGCCUCCGUUGUGCCAUAGCAGAUGCUCUGAAGCAUGAUUUGCUUGGUGCGGAUGAUUUGAGCCAGAUAAAUCCAUAUUUGCCAAACCUUUCCAUGCAAUGGACGAUGUAUCGCUCAAUCGCAAAGCCUCCCGACCAAGAGCCAGAGUUUGUCAACAGGAUGAUGGGUGGCAUUCUGAGUGCUGCUGAAAGGUGUGGUCCUGAUGUCAUGACGCCCAUUUUGCAAGAUGUGUUCAGCUUGUCAGCCCUAGUUCCCACACUGGCGUCUUGGAUGUCAAGGGAUCCGGGGGUGAUUCCGCUCUUCAUCAGCAGCAUGGGCGCAGAGAACGUGAUGGCUGCCGUGGCUCACCUGGGAGCCCUGGCGGUUUACACCGGAGCUGCGAGUUUGGAGCCCUGGCUGGAGCCCUGGGUGGCGAGCCUGCCUGCGGCAGAGCGCUUCCGUUGGCGUCGCCGCUUUGAGGCGUGGCGCUACGGCAGUGGUCUCGAUUGAACUUCACUGUGACAAGCUCUUGAGUUCUUGUGAGCCUGAGCCGGGAGGGCGCGGAGAUUUUCUGAGUUUUCAGCAGAUGCAAGGCCAUCUCAGAUUUUCACUCUUUCUGUCUUUUUCGGCACUCUUUGC